AUGGAGAAAUGCGCUUCUUGUUCGAAAACUAAUCGCUGGCUGAUACAAACGAAUCGCCGAAUAGAAGAAAUCAAUGCUUGUACAGCCCGAUAUUUCCAUACAAUCCAGAAACUGCUACAAGAAUUAAACGAAUCGUCUGCGGAAAACAAAAUUGACACCGAUGGAGACGAGGGCGAGCACGAGAAUGACGAUGCGGAUAGCGAUGAUAUUGGUACGGAUUUUGGUCCUGAGCAAAAGAAUGCAUACUUCUGUCCUGAGUUCGAAUGUCGGCAACGCAAAGCAGAUGCAACCUUCAAGAAAUACAGUCGACACUACAAGACUCACGUUACAUGUGCAGUUCCUUGCGCAGGCUGUCACACAACACUCGUUCGCGUGUCUACACUCAAAAGACAUUUCACCGACUGUGCAGGGAUAAAAGACAAGCGAACAAUGUCUGGACAUACGGAAGCAAUAGAGCAGAUGAAGAACCAGAUAGACAUCGAAUCAAAAAUGGCUUCGCACGCAGCUCGAGCAGCACUUCAAAGCUGCAAACGCCUUCGCCAGACAAAGUCGAAUAUUUUGAGACCGCGCAAGAAGUCGAAAUCGGAGACAUAUCCAGGCUAUUCAUUUUCCGCAAGCCGGGCAUUUGAUCAACAACAAAGCGGAUGCACCGACGACAACGAACAGCAAUCACAGGUACCAAGGACUACCAUGAACGCCAUUCCCUCAUCAUACUCUGGAGACAAUCAGGGAAGGGCGCAGAACGUUACGACAGGCAUGGGAGAUUUGGAAGUCACAAGCGAGAAAAUCGAUGAGAUGCUUGUAUAUCUUGAAAACGACCAGUGCUCGACAGUGCCGGACAUGCACGCGGCUGCCAUAGACCCGAGCGGUUUGAACGAAUCAACGAACGAACCAACCAUGUACCAUGACAAGCAGUAUCCCGCAAUAGGCAUGCUCUUUAUUCCCUAG